AUGGCAAUAAAGAGAAGUACGAAAUCAAAUCCAAACAAGGAGUCUGCUCAGAACUCUGAGGUUGAAGAUCUUAGAAAGAAGACCACUACGGCAAAAAAGAAUGAACCUGCCAAAAGCUAUAAAGAAUUAGUAGUAGAGGCCUUAAUUUCCCUUGAUGACCGUAGGGGUUCAAGUCGUCCAGCAGUUAAAAAGUACAUCAAGGAGAAAUAUCCAAGUGUUGGAUCGGUAGCUGCAUUUGAUUCUUACUUUAAUAAUGCAAUAAAGAAAGGUGUUGAAUUAAAGGAGUUUGAGUUACCAAAGGGACCAUCAGGGACUUUGAAAUUGGUCAAGAAAAUCGAUAGUUCAGAUGAGAAUGGAAAGGUUGAAAUUCGUAGAAGCUCUCGUCAAGCAAAAUCUGAAGAGGCUAAAAAGCUCUCUACGAAUUCCAAUUCUACUGCAAAUGAAAAAAGUCGUGGCAGACCUAAACCUAAUAAUAACAACAAUAAGGUUAAAGUGGAAAAACCACAACCAAAGACUAAGUCCAAGGUUGUACCUUCUCCUACAUAUAAGGAAAUGAUCAUUAGUGGGAUUUUACAGUUGAACGACGGUAAAGGUUCAAGCCGUUCAGCAUUGAAAAAAUUCGUCAAGGAUCAGUAUAAGAAUGAAAUUAAAGCAAGUUCAAAUUUUGAUCACUUGUUUAACAGUGCUUUAAGAAAAGGUAUCGAAUCUGGUGAUUUACAUCAGCCAAAGGGCCCCUCUGGUAUUGUUAAGGUGCUUAAAAAGAAAAAGGCAAGCACUGCUAUAAAGACAGCUUGA